AUGCCUCCCCGCCACCAGACCCUGCCCCCGGCGCAGACCUCGUCGGCGCGCGAGGCCCAGAAAUCCUUCUACUGCAACCUCUGCUCCAAGGGCUACUCCCGCAUGAACGACUACGAGGCCCAUCUCUCGAGCUACGACCACUCCCACAAGCAGCGCCUCAAGGACAUGAAGGCCAUGGUGCGGGACCCCAACGCCGGCGCCCGCGCGAGGAAGGCCGAGGCCAAGGCCGAGGGCCUGGUGAGCAUCAAGCUGCCCGGCCAGGAGGGCGGCUCGGGCAGUGCCGCCGCGGGGGGCUUUAAAAAGGGCGGUUUCAAAAAGACUGGGUUCAAGAGUGCCUUUGCGCCGGCCGACGGUGUCCAGAAGACGGUGCAGAGCGCGCCGAGCCCGCCCGUCAAGCCCGUCCUGAAAGACUCCCUGGUGGAGAGCGACACGGAAGACGAAGGGUACGAGGUCUACGACCCACGGUAUCCGACCGACUGA